UCAACAGUGCAUUCAGAGAACUCGAACUAGAAUGGUCAGAGCUAUCACAUAUCUGUGCUUCUUCUUAGUAAUUUGGAUUUCAAUCGGUUACAAUCAUGCCGCCACCAGGGUAUACUAUCAAUUCACUAUUCUACAAAAUUCAAAGAUUCGCAAUGAAACGGACACACUGUGCAAUAAAACGCAGGUGGAAACCGAAGAAGUCAUUACAGGCUUGAGAACCUCGGAUUUUCAAUCAUCCAACAAUGAAAGCGACUCCUCCGGAAAAACUGACUUCCUGGAGCAUGCUGAAUUUACGCACGAUGAGAAUGGAUAUCACGUCACAUAUAAUGUCAGCUUUGACACUCGACUUGGAUCUACAACCCUUAAAAUUCUCACGGGUUAAACAAGUAUUAAUUAAGCAGUUGCAUUAGAUAUAACCUAAGAGGAAACGCAAAUCCUUUGACAGAUCAUACAAAUUGUAUUAUGGAACUCAGUUGUGUAAUUCACCUAAAGACCAAAUAAUGUGUAUUCUUCUUAUAUAUAUAUUUAUUAUAUUCAGUAUGAAGUA